ACGAAAUAAACAACUUUGUUUACUGCACAAAAGCUUUAAAAGAUGGUGCUGAGGCUUCCCUUGGCAGCGCCAGGUUCUCGGAAAGCACCCGGAUCUCAGGUAGCACCGUGCUGCUCUACUUACAAACCAAAGGAAAAGGUCUUAAUUUUGUUUCUUGUCAUUAAACCGAUCUCUCUGGCACAAAAGCACAUUUAGGCUAUUUCUGAAUCAAAUUGCUGAGAAAGAGCCCAGUAAGACGGAAAUCUGAUGCACAGCCGGCCUUUCCGAGCCACCGCUUCCUGCAGCUGCCCCCUCCUGCCCCACUUCUGCACCACAGCAGCUCCUGAACAGGAGCUCCAGCAGCUUAGCAAGCAGUACAGCAAUAUCAAGCUUCUCCAACUGGAUGUGGUCUGCGAAAACAGCAUCAAGAAAGUAGUCAAGGAGGUGGAAGAAAUUGUGGGAGACAAAGGUCUGAACUGCCUCAUUAACAACGCUGGCAUCAAUGUGCUCGCUUCCUUGGAAGAGGUCACAGCAGAGACAAUGCUCACCAUUUACGAAACCAACACAGUUGCCCAGCUAAUGGUCACCAAGGCAUUUCUACCCCUCCUGAGGAAGGCAGCCCAGCUGAGCACAGGAAUGGGCUGCCACAGAGCUGCUAUUAUCAACAUGUCCUCUCUUGCUGCCUCCAUGCAGCUCGUUCAGGCCAAUGAGAUGUUCCUCAAGGUCUACCCUUACAGGAUAGCAAAGACUGCACUGAACAUGAUCACCAGGUGUCUUGCUGCAGACUUGAAAUCAGAUGGAAUUCUCUGUAUUUCUUUGCAUCCAGGCUGGCUUCAGACAGACAUGGGCGGAAACAUGGCUCCCAUGCAGGUGCAAGAGGCUAUCCCAGGUAUCCUCUCUGUUCUGGACCGUCUUGGUGAAAAAGAAAAUGGUUCCUUCCUGGAUUGGCAAGGGGAAACGCUCCCGUGGUAAAAGUGCACAGCGCGCUACAGAAACAGCAUGUCAGUCACUAUUUCACCUGUGCCACUAAUGCCUGUGUCCUUAGGGUUUUCCUAGACGCUACCUGAAAUAGCCAGUCGGAUAGCCAGCCUCUCCCUGGGUGUUUUGGGGAAGUGAGGACUCUUUUCCUUGGUAUUGCUACUGCUCUGUUCUAAUGCUUCUUGCAAAUACUACAGUGCUCCUAGUGAUGAGUAUCUCCUGGAACCAUCUAAAAUAGAUUAAAAACUACAAGUUAAAUCCAGGGGCUGGUUCCUCUUCACUUCCAAAACCAAAGUGGGUCUCACUCUCUGCAGAAGUAAUGACCUGACCUCAGAGUAAGGCCAGUGUAGGCUGUCGGAUUCCUGUAUGUCCAGUCUGCUGGAGACGUGCCUCUAGAAAAGACUGUUUCCUUCAAUCCUAACUGAACCAAGGCUGAAGGUGCCCGGCUCUGAGCUUGCCUGAAUUUGGUACUUCUGUAGAUUCCUCAGCAGCCUCCGAGCGUCCCCAGGUUGACAGCACACACCAGGCACAUGCUUUGUUCCCAGUGGGUGACUAACAUCCUGAUACGGGGGUGGGAAUGUUGUUUUGUACAUAAACUUCUAAAAUGUCUUCA